AUGGUAUCUUUUGAUCUCGCGUCCCUUUUUACUAUUAUUCCCCGCGACCCGUCGAUCAAGACAAUCGAGUUGCAUCUACAAAGCAAAUACGAUGAAACGAAGAAUCGUCUUGGACACGCUCAAGUCCUUGAGUUCCUGAAGUUCUGUCUCAGGACGUACUUCAUGUUCGACGGGACAAUCUACGAACAGGUGAAGGACACACCAAUGAGUUCGCCGAUUUCGGGAUUCAUUACCGAGGCGGUCCUGCAACGGUCAAAGUCGCUGGUCUUCCAACAGCAUAGACCGAAGUUCUGGGUCCGGCAUGUGGAUGAUACCUUCGUCGUUAUCGACCGUGAUCAGCUGCUGAUAUUCAAGGAACAUCUGAAUGCGGUCUUCCCAGACAUACAGUUUAUGAUGGAGGAGGAAGAGAACAACCAGUUGGCCUUCCUGGACGUCCUCAUAUGUCGUAAAGAUUGUGGCGGUCUUAAAACCAAAGUGUUCAGGAAAGCGACAAAUACGAUGCAGGUACUGGACUUCACCAGCAACCACCCAUUCGACGAAGCCGAAAUUCUCGCAAGAAAUAACAACCACGUGGGCUGGGAGUUGCCUGAGUCAUGGUUUACUGGCCCCCAGCCAAUUAACAAGUGA